AUGUCUGCACCUGUCUUCCUGGCUCCUCUGUUGUUCUGUACCGUUGCUCUCCUCGGUCUUCCCAGCGUUGAUACAUGGGGCGCGACCUGCGACCAGGGUUCCCCGGGCCCACCCGGCCCUCCUGGCCCACCAGGAUCGAGCGGUGAUUCUGGAGCCCCGGAAUUCUUGGACUACAACAACUGGAGACAAUGUGCCUGGCGCUCUGCCAACGGCAACGAUUAUGAUGGCAACAUUUACACGUGUACCAUUCAAAAGCGCUAUUCCAACAGCGCUCUCUACGUCGCGUAUGGUGGUAAUCUUCGAUUGUAUGGCUGUGACGCAUGCUGUAAGAGAUGGUACUUUACGUUCAAUAACAACGAGUGCUCACCGGUACCAAUAGAUGGCGUUGUAUACCAACACAACACCUACCACAUGAACCUGCAUAGGCACCGUAACAUCGAAGGUUACUGUCACACGCUGGGUGCAGGGCAGAUUGACGUUCGUUUUGCGGUGGGCGACUGCAACGGGUACGGGAACGCUGACGCUUAUACGGGAUGGAACAGCGCCUCACGUAUCAUCAUAAAGGAGAUACCGGCCUCACCUUACGGAUACUAGAUGACAGGAGGCUCAUUGCACAAGUAAAAAAAUGACCUCAGACAACAUUUCUAUUCAGACCGAAUAGUCAGUGUGAGUUAGUCAUUGCAUACCUUUUCUACCCGAGUAACUGCAUGUAUAUAGAUUAUACUUUCACAUAAUGUAAGAAGUAUACUUAUCGGAAUCACCCCGGUGUUACAUUUGAUUUGACUGCAUAAUACCUCAUGUGUCUUUGUGUAUUUCGUGUAUAGUACUGGUUAAACCUCAUUGUCAGAAUUACAGAACACAAGAAAAAUACUCUAUGCAAUGGCACAUAAGAUUCAAGCCAUUCAGUACACGUAGGCUUAGAAUGGUCUAGUGUCUCAUGUUUUGCAUAGUAUAGGGGGUUCAGACCUCAGCUAGGCUACUUGGGGCUA